UGUAUAGUCGUUCCUAACAAACUAUUCUGACAUAAACAAACAGAAUUGAACUGAAUUGAAAGCAGUAAGAGGGAGUUGAAACAAAGCAGGAGCAUUAACACUAAGCACAACAUCAUCUGUAAAGAUCUUGUCAGUUCCAUCAGAGGCUCCAAUCACAGAAUCAACACAUGGAAGCAACACUGAGCAACAACAUUGCUACAACUCGACAGUCUUUCUCAGAAAAAAAUAUUCAAUAUUUAAAAAAAUUAAAAAUGACCAAUUAGCCUACAUUUUACAUGAUAAAUAUUUUCACAUUUGACAAGACCAAAUAGUUUUUUCUAAUUCUACUCAUAGGUUCUUAUUAAAAUGAAAAAGUCAAACUUUUCUAACUAAAAGCUUGAAAAAGUAAUUAAAUGAGCUACACUAAGACAGUUUCUCUUGUCCAGAAAUUGAAAAGUUGAGGUAUUACCCCUUGUUACAGAGUAUUGAUUGAAAUGCAAUGACUGUCAUCUCUAUUAAUUGACUGCAUAUGGGCGUCCAGAUUUAAGUAGUGACUUUAAUUACCUGGCAAUGUCUUAACAAAAUUGUUCUUGUAUUUAUAACUUGCUGUGAGAAUUACUUGAAGCUUCAUCAUUACAUUUCAAGAAUUUAUGACAACGGACCUUAAAGGGGGGGAGACCACUGUGACAGGAAAUGCUCUAUCAUUGUAUAUUUUGAGAUAACCAAUCAGAUCUCUCUAAGGAACAUAAGACCUCCUUCUGUAACUUAAAUAUGAAAAAUUGCUCCUACAAAGACAUUGUCAGGAUGAUUCAGUUAUUGGUUGUACUGCUUCUUCUUCACCAAGGAUAUACCUUGGUACCAGUGACCACAGUUCCUCUGGGUGAACCAGCAACUUUUACAUGUUCGCUUCCUGCUGAAAAGCUGAACAAUAAUGAGCUUCACUGGUACAAACAGAAUGCAGGACAGACGCUGACAUUAAUUGUAAAGCUGCGAAAGCACGCAGAACCUGCUUAUGGGCCAGAAUUUUCUGCCUCAAGAGUGAAUGCAUCAAAAAAUGAAGGCUUCAGAAGUCUGACAAUUCUAAGAACCGUUCAAGAAGAUGAAGGAAUGUAUCACUGCGCGAUUAUUGACUGGAUAGAGAAUUCUUGGCAUGGGACCUAUUUGUUAUUAACAGGAAACUCUGAAAAUAUACCAAAGUACCAAAUUGUGCAAGAGGCAAAAGCAUUAACUCCAGAUCACGAAAGCAACUCUUUGACUCUUCAGUGUUCAGUGAUGUCUGACUUUAACCACAAUGCGUGUCCAGAAGACAUCAGUGUGUUUUGGUUCAAAGUCAAAUCAGAUCAAUCUCAUCCAAAUGUCAUCUAUGUUCAUGGAGAUAGAAAUGAUCAAUGUCAAAAGAAAUUCGAUUUCCAGAGGAGGUGCGUGUUCUCCAAGAACAUCAGAGCGUCUGAUACUGGGAAAUAUUACUGUGCUGUGGCCUCAUGUGGGGAGAUUUUUCUUGGAACUAGAGCAAAACAGAAUCAACAACCUGACCAAACAAGAGACCCACAAAAUAAUGUGCUGGUGAUAAUAAUAACAUGUUUGGUCAUUUCGGUCAUUGUAAAUGUUAUUUUGAUCUGCUACCAAACCCUAAAGACAGCAUGCAAAAAAGUUGAAGGGACAGAAAGCACCUCUUCACCAGCCACACAUGAUAACAUGACUGAAUCAGGAGAAUACACUGACAACGAUAACCAGAAUCUGGACUAUGCUGCUUUGCAAUUCUCUGGAAGAAAAAGCACACGAUGGACGAAGAAGAAGCAGUCGAAUACUGAGGAAGGUGUAUAUGCACAAGUUAAAGUUUGAAUAGGAAAGUCUGUGUGAGAACUACCGGUAAUAAAACCAGUCAGAAAGUGUAAAAAAAAGGUGCAAUUUUCAUUUAGUGGCUGUUUUUUUUAAAUUUGCUUCACUGUCAUAAUCCAGACAGAGCUCUUCUAUCCAAUGGUACACUGCUUAUAGGCAACCCCAGAUUCAGAGUGAGAAACAGAGGCGACAGAGCUUUUUCUGUGGUGACCCACAAGGUGCCUUUGAAAAUCAGAGCUGCUCAAACCAUUGAUAACUUUAAAUAUCUGCUCAUUUUUUGUGACAUUUUUGUGGCUUGCAAUUCUACUUAAGAAGCACAUAUCUGUGCAAAAAAAAUUUUUAUUGAUUAUUUUGCUUGAGUUUUUGAUUUCUUACAGUGUAAAGCACCUUGGUCAGCUAUUGUUGUUUGUAGAUGUGCUAUAUAAGUAAGCUUGACAUAUAGUAAUCAUAAACAUUUAUAAUUGCUAUGACUAUGUAUGUAUGUAUUGAUUAAAUAAAAUUGUGAGUGUAUUGUUUCCAUUUUUUAAGCAGUGACCCACAACUUAUUUUCUGGUUUCAGAAUAAAGGAUGACUUAUUUUUG